GUGUACUAAUGUGCUCGUCGUAUUGACUCACUGGCCGACUACAGCGAUCUUUGGAUAUACGCAAUCCGCUGUUCUAGGAGGAGCUGACCCUCCUGUGAUGUUAUGAAGAGCGAAGUGAGCGUGGGCAAAGGAUGCGGAUGGAUCAGGGUGUCGCAGGAACCGGGUUCCAACGGGACCUUGGUGUACCUCAACAGAGCGACAACGGUGAACGACGUCGCCAGGGAUUUGCUGCUCCCGCAUGGACACACUAUUUGGCUACAGUACGGUGGGGACGAACCGAGGCCGCUGAGAGCGUCGGAGAAGCCGUUGCAGCUUCAAGACGAUUUCCUAGAGCGAAUCGGCUACACGGACCAAUCCAGAAGGGCAAGGCUCGGGAUCGAUCCGGACCUGCGAUAUCUUAUCUCUUUCAACACCGGGCCUCGCUGGACAGGCCGGAGCGGAGAAGUUUGGCUUCUCAAAGGACUCGUUCUGCCUCAAUGGAAGAAGAAGAUCAUCACUCUUUCUGCUGGCCUCAUGAUCAUUCAAUCGCUGGAAGGUGGUGACUGGGGUAAGGAGGCGGUCCUUGUGGAGGCGGUGGGGACCGGGGACGGGCCUAGAGGCGGCAGAUCCGUCCUCAAAGUCACAUCGCAAGGUCACAGAUCUCUCUAUCUCGGUUUCGAUUUGCCCUGGCAGCAACGUCUCUGGCACUCAUGGCUCAAACAGGAGAGCGGACGGAGGGAAGGUGAUUUGUCAUCGAAGGGGUUGGAGGCGGUGCCGCGGGGCCUCGGCAGGCUGAAUUCGCUCGAUCUAUCCGCCAACAGGAUAACGUCAUGGGACGCCCUGGAGGACUUGGAAGGGCUCCAAAGCAUCACCCUCGCUUCAAACCACCUGACGGCCGUACCUCAACAGCUCUGGAGCCUCCAGGAGACCCUGGUCACUCUCGACCUGAGCCACAACUCCCUCAGAGAAAUUCCUCGGGUCGACAUGCCAAAGCUGGAGGAGUUGAAACUGGACGGUAACCUACUGGAAAGUCUUCCAGAAGGAAAUUUCAAAGCGUUGAAGCUGCUCAGCGCUACCGACAACAGAAUCGCAUCGCUCCCUCCCUUCCUCGUUCGACAACCCAUGAGGGCGCUCACACUCCUGGAUGCUAACGAGGGUGAGGAAAGGGUGAAACCUGAAGACCUUAAGAGCAUAAACCUAAGGGCCAACCUGUUAAAGGGUAACAUCAUCCUCGGCAAUUACGGGAAUUUAACCCAGCUGGACGUAAGUGAAAACAGCAUCGAAUGCCUAGAUUUGACAGCCCUCGAUAAACUUCAGUCAGUGCAAUGCUCGAAAAACAAGUUACAAGAUUUGUCCCUAAAUGGCACUUCGCUCACGUCUCUCAUAGCAGGAAACAAUUGUUUGACGAAGCUGUCGAUAUACCCAAAGCCGACCAAGUUGAAACAUCUCGAUAUAUCAUACAACAGACUAGAAACCCUCCCGGACUGGCUGGGGUCGUGCCAGCACCUGAGAACCUUAUUUGCAAGUCACAACCUUCUCACCUCCCUUCCGGAUCACCUAUUCUGCUCGGAGCUUUCGUGUUUGCAGACCCUGCAGCUCAGUUUCAACAGCCUCAAAUCCCUUCCGCAAGUGAUUCGCCACAUCCCGCUGCAACAGCUCUUUUUGCAGAGCAACAUGCUAAAGGAAUUACCAGAACACUUUUUCUUAGCGACUGCCAGAUUAAGGAUACUAAACUUGAGCAAGAACCAAUUGGGAGAGUUACCAACAGCCAUAGGAGACGGCCACCAGCUAGAAAGACUUUACCUCACGUGCAACCAACUCACUGAUAUUCACAUCUUGACGAAAUUCACGAACCUGAGGGUACUUCAUGUCGCUUACAACUUGAUCACGCAAUUGCCAAAUUUGUGCGUCGGGUCGUGGCCGGACAUGGAAGAGCUCGUGUUGUCUGGGAAUAGGAUCGACAGGCUGCCGGGAAACAUAGCGCAAUGGCAGCAUCUGAGAGUCCUUCGGCUUCAUUGCAACAUCCUGCUGGCGUGUCCUAGCCUGGCACCUUCCACGUCGUUAAAAGUCCUGGACUUGUCGCACAACAAUCUGGACAAAGUGGACUUGAUGUCUCUCGUGCCAAAGCAGCUACAAUUUCUCGACCUGUCCGGAAACACCAGGCUUCAAGUCGAUCCGCGCCAGUUUCAAGAUUACAAAUCGAUGAGAAAAGUAAGCCUGGUAGAUGUGUCAGGCCAGAAUCGCGACUCUCUGCCUGCUGGGCCCAACGACCCUAAGCCCGAUCAAGAACCUUCCAACAGUCCUUGGGUCUUAGGUUUCUCAGAAACGCCUGGAAACAGAGAAAAGUUGUGCAUUUCUCAACUGAGACUUACGAACUUCUGCAACACGGAAGCCCUCCUCGGCUUGUUCGACUCCGGGAAUAAUACAGAACUUCCUCAAAUCUUGGCGCAAUCCAUUCCGAGGAUUCUGUUGGAAGAGAGGACUGUUAAAGAAACGGCGAAUGAAUACAUGAAAUACACACUUUUAGCAGCGCACAGAGAAUUAAAAGAGAAAGGCCAACGGGUGGGUGUUUGUGCAAUGGUUUGUCAUAUAUGCAGCGAAAGAGGUCCUGGAAUAAGGAAGAGGACUCUCAGGAUCGCGACAGUCGGAGAGGCCAAAGCUGUCCUUUAUAGAGGAGAUUCCACUUUGACACUUGCCCAUGUACCUACACAGGUUACAAGAAGCCAAAUAGGAAACAGUGCGAUGUUCCCACUAGUCGUUCCCGACCCGCACGUCACGGAACUCACUCUCAAAGACUGCGAUGAAAUGAUAAUAAUGGCCAAUAAAAGGCUAUGGGAAGUCGUAAGCCCUGAGGACGCCGUGGCGGAAGUGAGGUCUAUCUCGGACCCUGUCCUUUCAGCAAAAAGACUUCAGGAUUUGGCACAAAGUUACGGUUGCGAGGACAACCUGAGCGUGAUGGUUGUCAGGCUAGGCGGCCAGUCGCACCAAGAUCAACUGUUAAGAGAGCUCAAUUAUACAAUACAGUUCUGUGAAUCUGCCGGACAGGAAAGCUUCAGGCACCCAGUCAUCGGAUGCCAAAUGGUAAGGCGUGAAGCCCAUUGUGACGGGAUCCACGCCACCGAAAACACUUGUUGGUGCCAGGGAGACAGGUCGUCACCGAGCGGGCAGAGUGAUCAAGCAAGCUGUGGUAGAACGAGCUCGAGGGAAAACUAUGGCCAUUACUUCACAGAUAAAGAGAUAAUGGAAAGGCACAGCUACCCAUCGGUUCUAAUGAGAGAGAACGGAACAAGGAAGAUGUGCUCCAAGCUCGCACACCAAGAUGCCCACCUGGCCGAUUGUGACGAAUCCCUUUCAGACAGGUCGGGGCAUUUGUCGGAUGAACAAUUCCGAUGCUGGGAGUACAUGCUCGAGCAGAACACUCAGAUGCUCUUCGACAAAGAAUUGGACACACUGUCGCGCGGUGUCGCUAGGAGACCCGCGAGGCCGCAGAUGUGGCCCAGGGCCAAAAGCAGUCCUCACCUCAACUCCGACCCUUCAUUCCUUUCCAGGGCAUUCGGAAGCACGAGGUCAUUCCAGUCUGGCCUAACCAAGUUCGGCUCGCAGUCGUCGAGGAGAUCGCUCCACGCAGGGCCGAACGCUGCCUACUUCGGAAGCCUCCAGAGGCUGUUGCCGUACACGGCCGACUACGACUUCUCCAUAAUAAAAGAACGUAGCGAAGUCGACUCUCUGGAGACGGAAGACCGGAUGUCCAAGUACUGGGACGUCGCGACGACCGAGCUGUAAUCGCAUGCGUGAAGGAAGUUUCGAUAGAUCUCAAAUUUGAACCCCUUGUUCCUAGAAACGGGCCGAGAAAACGGACGGUUUUUUGUACAAGUGACGGUAUUUUUCAAAACAAUCGAUGCCUGCGCUUUUUAGUAGACUUGCAUGUCACUUUUCGAGCCAAAGUUUAUUUUUUUUUAAACAAUUUGUAAACAUUGUAAAUAUUAGUUUUU